GUUUGUCAGAGUCGAACUGUGCGGAGCUUUAAGACGUGUCAACAUGGAAGAAAUACUGGCGCCUUUGAGGGAGGCUGUGAGGCAGCAGGUGAGACAGACCGACAGGUUACACACCUGCGGAUAUGGGCUUAUCUACAGCUGGGCAGCGUCCAAUUUUGCAGCAUGUAGCCAUUAUCAAUGUAAUAUCAGUGUCUCGAGAGUAGUUUCGACACUUUUUACAGCAUGCUACCGCGGAUUUAUUAAAGAGUAUAUCCGGAUUUACGCAUUUUUCUGUCUUGAGCGUCAAAAACUGCUUUCAAAAGCAAAACAACGAUGCCGAUUUUUACUCUAGCACACAAAUGGCAGCAGUACGGCAGUAUUAAACUUCUCGUGUUGUGUCUAUAAUUAAAAAGUUAGAUGUCAAAGAUUUUUCCAGCAUUCAUUUAACGUUGUUUGGCUGCCUUGUCGACAGUAUUUCACUCAUUUCCAAAAGACAAAUCCCGUAGAGCCCUAUGACAUAAAAAACUAGAGUGAAAGUUUUAAAAAGGGGGGAUGGUGGAAACUACAUUUAGUGUCUUAUAUGGCAUGUUUAAUAGCUAGGUCAGUGGUUCUCAACUGGUGGGUCCCGACCCAAAAGUGGGUCGCAGACACGUUCUGAAUGGGUCGCAACCAGCUGGUCAAAAAAGUAAAUAUUUAAUGCGCACCUGAUGUUUGACAUGUCUAUUAUUUUGAAAAAUAGCUUAUAUUGAAAGGCACGUGUAAUGCUGGGGUCCCCCUUGGUUUCCUAUUAAUGUGGCCUAAAUGCAGUAAUAAUACAUGUUUAUUUACUUAUUUUUUGGUCUUAAUUUUGUGCAAUUAUUUGAUAUUUUCUGUAAAUGCAACUUUAGUAGUUGUCAUCCUCUGUUCAUGUGCUCUGAAAUGCACUUUACUCAAUAAGAUGGGUGUAUUUAUGUUAAAGAUUAGAGUUUUAAAGGUUUUUUAUUUAAAAAAUAAAUACAUUUGCUGGGUUGAAUUUUAUAAAAGUGGGUCACGACUUAAGGACCAUGUGAAAAUGUGGGUCCCAGGGUGAGACCAAGUUGAGAACCAUUGAUCCAAGCCAUACAUAAAUUACUUAAGCAAACAUAACAUCAAAUUGUAUAUAUUCUCUUUGCUCCAUGUUUUUUAAGUACAGUCAUAUGUGCAUUUGGAUUCUUUUUUAAGGAUUUUGAGGCACAACAAUUUCAGAUUCAAUACCAAACAGGUACAACAAGUGAAAAGGUGUUGUCUGAGGUUAUGUGUGUGACAGCUGACUAAAGAGAAGUAUUUGUCCUCAGGGUGACCUGGUGCAACAGUUGAAGGAAAAAGGCGCCACAGAGCAAGAGAUGAGCAAAGCUGUUGCAGAACUGAAAGCCAAGAAAAAGAUCCUUGAAGCAAAGGUCAGUCUUACAGUGACUGGAUUGUUUAUUUUACUGCCAAGUUUUGGUUUCACUUUCUAUAUGUGUAGCACAGACUUUUCAUGUAACCAUUUGCCAUCCUGUGCAGGAGCUCGCCCUGCAGUCCAAAGAUGACACAGUGGACAGAGUGAAGAUGGAGGACACCUUAAAGAGGAGGUUUUUCUACGAUCAGGCUUUUGCCAUUUAUGGAGGUAAUUUACAUCAAAACAGAUCCAAAGGGGAGUCACAGCUAAUUCAAUGCACAGAUUAAACACUGAUAUGUUUGUUCCACAGGUGUGAGUGGCCUGUACGACUUCGGCCCAGUGGGCUGUGCCCUGAAGAACAACAUCCUGCAGAUCUGGAGGCAGCACUUCAUCCAGGAGGAGCAGAUCCUGGAAAUCGACUGCACCAUGCUGACCCCUGAGCCUGUCCUCAAGUAGGUGACAACAAACUCCCGAGACUUGCACAAGAGCAUGUCUUGAUAUUAGAUCUAAAAAUUGAGGUUGCAAAAGAUUUGUUUUUUAAAGUCACUUCCUUUCAUCAGGACUUCGGGACAUGUGGAUAAAUUUGCUGACUACAUGGUGAAAGACGCCAAGACAGGGGAAUGCUACCGUGCUGAUCACCUUCUCAAAGGUGAUUUCCACCAACAUUAUGGCCUUUUCGAGGUUUCACAUGAGCCCCACCUUGUGCAAAACUUUCUUUUAACUUUCCUGUCUGCCCCUUCAUUACCAACAAGGUGUCAUAUUUUCACAUUUAGACCCAUAGGUGUCACGUUCCGGAGUUAAACAAAAAGAGAACCCAAAUGCAGAACCAAAAAGAGAAUUUAUUUAAAAGGAACUAAAAGAAAAAAAAAAAAACUUACUUUGAAUGUCCAACUGAAAAAUUCCCCAAAACACAAGAAGCAAAAUCCAAGGGGCAAAAAAAAAAACACAAGGAGACACUGGCAUACACACAGAAAUGUAUGUAUGAUAUUAGGUCCAAUUUUAUUCAUUCAUUUUAAGACUGGUGAAUUUUCCAUCCCUUUAAAUUCUGCUCUGUGGACAGCAUGUGUGCAGGUUGUUACCUGCCUUACUGGUUGAACACCCCUGGGGAGCUUUAGGGAAGUGGGGGCAGGGCAGGAGAUCAAGUGGGUGACUGGUUUUUCAGGUGUUCCUGUUUCUGGAGUUUGCCUACAUGUCUGCCAACGAACUGAGCAUGAAAGAUGUUUAGUGACAUAACUUCAUUCAUACAUCAGGCAGAGACAUGCGUAGAAAACCAGCUGAAAAAUGCUGAUGUGGAGCUUUCACUCUGUAUCUUGCAUGCAUGGAUCCCAUUGAGAGGCAUUUUAACCUUUAAAUUAUAUAUAUUUGCAUUAUAUUCAGGUCAUUUUUUGCCCUUUUUUGACUGUCUGCCAUAAAGAAUAAUUAAAAAGUGCACUAGUUUAUCCCAAGCAAAAAAGGACAGCUGCUGUUCAGUUAGACAUGAGUGAUAAAGACUUAAAAAUGCAGGGUACAUUUAUUUGAUUGAAUCCUGAUAACUGCUGCUUCAUAUUUUCCUCACAGCUCACUUGAAAAAGCAGAUGCAGGAUGAGAAAUGCUCUGCAGAGAAGGCGACAGAGAUGGAGGAUGUCAUCACUCAGGUGAGCGUCUCUCAAAUACAUCAUUUACGAACACACAAAAAUGAGUCAUAGCUGAAGUGAAUGACUUUGUUUUGAAAUGAUCCACUCGUGUUUGCUCUCUGUUCCAGAUGGACAACUACACCCAGCAGGAGCUGUCUGAUCUGUUUGUGAAAUACAACGUCAAGUCCCCCUCCACAGGAAAUGAUCUCACAGCUCCCAUCUCCUUCAACCUGAUGUUCCAGACGUCCAUUGGACCAGGAGGGAACAUGCCAGGGUAAAGAUCAGUCUAACAGAUUUCUGCUUCAAGCUUGUCUAAUAACAUUUGAUGGAUUAAAAUUGUGUUAAAUAAUGACUGAUUUGCAGGUAUCUGAGGCCUGAAACAGCUCAGGGAAUGUUCCUGAACUUCAAACGUUUGCUGGAGUUCAAUCAGGGGAAGCUCCCAUUUGGUGCAGCACAGAUCGGAAACUCCUUUAGGAACGAGAUCUCUCCUCGCUCUGGACUUAUCCGUGUCAGGUGGCCAAAAAACACCAAACUUUUGAUAAUUUAGCCUCAAAUUCAAGUGACACAGCAGUGGCAUGACAACUUCAUCUGUUUGCAGAGAGUUCACCAUGGCAGAGAUCGAGCACUUUGUGGACCCCUCUGACAAGGUCCAUCCCAAAUUCUCCAACGUAGCCGACCUGGAGAUCUUGUUGUUUUCUUCGAAGGCUCAGACGAGUGGGCAGUCUGCUCAGAUCAUGAGGCUGGGGGAUGCUGUGGAGCAGGUGAGAAAUAUUUUUAUUAUUUUAAUCAAUACUGACUUAGAUACUGAAACAUAUUUGUCCCUAUACAAAUAAACAUUAAAUAAAUAAUAUUAUAACUCUUGUCAUAUCAAUAAAUCGAGGCUUCAGUAAUAAACUUGAAUUACAUUUAUAUUUUUUUCUUCUGCUGCAGGGAGUGAUCAAUAAUUCAGUGUUGGGUUACUUCAUUGGAAGAAUCUACCUCUACCUCAUUAAAGCGGGUCUGUCCAAAGACAAGCUGCGUUUCCGUCAGCACAUGGAGAACGAGAUGGCUCACUACGCCUGCGACUGCUGGGACGCUGAGUCCCUGACCUCCUAUGUAAACCUUUUCUUCUGUUGCCUUUACACACACCGACUGAGAUAUUUAAAGGUUUAAAUUUGAGUAAGAACAGGUUUUUUUUCUGUCCCUCAGGGCUGGAUAGAGAUUGUGGGCUGUGCUGACCGCGCCUGCUAUGACCUGUCCUGUCACUCCAGAGCCACCGGAGUCCCUCUAGUGGCUGAAAAGCCCCUGAAAGAACCCAUAUCCUUUUGAUAUUGUGUGCACUUCUCCUGCAGAAAGUAUAUUUAAGAAUGAAAACAUACACUCAAUCACAAACAGUCACUUCUGGGUAUUUUUAGACAUAAGCAGCCUGCAAACUUUUCUGUGAAACUGCCAGCAGGAGUCACCAAAGUCAAACUCUUUAUUUCCCCUUCAUUCAAAAAUGUGCUUUGCUGUUAGUUUGGAGGACACAGAGUGUUUGUCAUUUGAAAUUUACAGCAAAGUUUUGGAGAAAAGUGAAAAUUAAAUCACAAGUGGAGAAGCCUUAUCAUCAUACACAAUAAUUUACUCAAUGGAUCAAGAGACUUUUAUAAAGUA